AUGGUAGCGCGUAAUUUGUUUACAGGGUACAGUAUUGGUGGACAAGAGUCGAUUAUGGUGUCGCAUCUUCAGUUUGCUGAUGAUACUCUAUUGAUGGGGGUUAAAAGUUGGGCGAAUGUUCGGGCUCUUCGGGCUGUUUUAGUGCUUUUUGAGUCUAUGUCGGGCUUGAAGGUGAAUUUUAACAAGAGCAUGUUGGUUGGCGUUAAUAUUCCUGGGUCCUGGUUAGAUGAAGCUGCGUCUGCUAUGUGUUGCAAAGUGGGAAAAAUUCCUUUUCUUUACUUGGGUCUCCAGAUUGGGGGUGAUCCGCGGCGCCUGGUGUUUUGGGAACCGGUGUUGUCUCGCAUAAAGAAUAGAUUGUCUGGGUGGAAAAGUCGCUUCUUGUCGUUUGGUGGUCGCCUGGAUCAGACUUCGGAUAGAUGGCAGUGGUGCCCAGAUCCAGAGACAAGUUAUACUGUCAGGGGAGCUUAUCAGAUUCUAACCUCUCAGGCUUCAGUUAUUUUGCAUGCUGCGGAGAACCUUAUAUGGCACCCUCAGGUUCCGUUGAAGGUGUCCAUUUUUGCUUGGCGUUUAUUGCGGGAUAGAUUGCCCACGAGAGCCAACCUGGUCAAUCGUGGUGUUUUGUCCUCUUCAGUUGAUACUUGUGUUUUUGGUUGUGGAGUGGCUGAGUCGGCCCAUCAUUUAUUUUUCUCAUGUAGCUUCGCUGGAUCUCUUUGGGACUUAGUUCGCGAAUGGGUUGACAUUCCUCCGGUGGUUUCUACUACUUUGCGUGAUCAUUUUGUCCAGUUUACAGCUUCUGCAGGUGUAUCCCGAGCGCGGCGAUCCUUUAUGCAGCUUCUUUGGCUCGUGGUUGAGGAUGACGAGUUUCACGUUAGCUUUAAACUACCAUAG